ACAGUAUGGUCUUACAUUGUAAAAAUCAACAAUGCAAAUGAUAAUGGAACCAACAAUCAAGACAACGUUUAUAUUUCAUCCAUAAGUUUACCCACAGAUACCACUUCAUUUGUAUCUCAACCUGAUGGGGCAAGUCAUGAUCAGUCUUAUAUAUGUAGUGGCAUUCCUAAUGAUGGAGGAGUGGUUUUAAACUUGCUAGCUGAUAUUAUUGUAGCUGGGUUAAUACUGCUGGCGACUUUUAUAGCUUGGAAAUUUUGGUUAGGAAAGGAAGAACAAAAGGCUUUGUCAGCCAAUACACAAGAUCAAGAUGCAGAUGGUACUGAUUCUGACGAUGAAAACAUUCUAAAUCAGCCUAAAGAGCAAUUGGUGUGGUACAAGGCAAUUUACCAAAUUUGGAUAACCAGUGAUUCCACAGUGGAACUAAGUCAAGGUAUCGACGGAGUGCGCUACAUUCACCUCUCAGAGUAUUUACAGAUAACACUUCUGGUGAUAACAAUAUGCUGCUUGUGUAUAAUUCUACCUAUAAAUCUGUCUGGUGAUAGAGAAUCGACGCUGUUCGGAAAGUUUUGUAUAACAAAUUUAGAUCCGGGCUCGUCUUUACUUUGGGCCCAUUACAUCCUGGCUCCUCUCUACCUUCUUCUCAUACUGGUUGUAGUGUGGAUGUACACGUGGGAGCUGGGAGCAGUGAAGCUUGUGGAAGCUGAGCAGGUGGCUAUAGUCAGGAACGUGGACCUCGCCUGGAAUGAGGAACACUUCUGGAACUACUUCGAAACUAUAAAAAUGAAGGAUAAUGUUGUGGACAUACAGCUUGGGUACGAUGUCAGUCAUCUUUAUAGUCUUAUCAGGCAGAGGGAGGAGGUAAAACGUCUGCUCACAAGAUAUAAAGAUCUACAUGUAGAAGAGCCCGACAGUGAACAUAUCUACAAUACUGGCUAUUGUUGUGGUGACAAGGUGGAUGGUUUGGAGUAUUAUUCCUGUAAACUAGAUGAGUGUGACGAGGCUUUACGAAUGGAGCGUAACACUAUUAGAACUAUAAAACGAUGUAACUUUGCCUUUGUGGUGUGGACUUCUCCUGGAAAUUGCAAAAUGUUUAUUAAUACCCAUAAGCCGGUGAACAUAUGCAAAGUAAUAAAAGAAGAGAAACAGUUCAGAAGUCAGAAAUGGCAAGUAAGAUUGGCGCCGAUACACUAUGACAUCAUGUGGGACAACAUGUCAACUCCCAAAUGGUUUUGGUGGACUCGGGCUGCUGUUAUCAAUUUGAUUCUUCUCCUGUUUGUGAUUUUCUUCACCACGCCGCUUAUAAUUAUAAGCUUUAUAACGGUAUCUCUGCAAAUACGACUUUAUAUGUCCACAUUCUACUACGUUUAUUUCACGAUACUCCUUUUGAUCCUCCUCACUAACAUUCUACCUGAAAUAGUCAACUGGACUUGCAAACUAGAGAAGCAUCGAACAAAAUCAGGUUAUUUUCACUGGAUGCUAAAGAAAGCGUUUGUAUAUUUACUGAUAUCUAUCGAGCUGCUGCCUCUGGUGGGCGACACCAGCAUUGCAAAUUUCUUCGAAGAGAUCUUCUCAAGUGAUUGGAAAGGGUUCAGGUCCAUAUUCCAGUGCGUUUUUUCAGUCUACAACUCUGCGUUCUUUUGUAAUCUAAUUCUCGCAGCCGCUUUUGUUGGUCGAUCGAUAGAACUGCUUCAAAUUAAAGGAAUCUACAUUUACAUUUGGGAGCGAAGUUUUGCCCGGACUAAACGAGAAUAUCUCAAAAUUUUCAAAAAAAUUAAAAGAGAUUUCAACAUCGGCUACAACUACGCCAAACUGCAAGCGUACCUCUGCGUUGUCAUUUCAUUCUCUCUUAUCUGCCCAAUAAUUACUGCCUACGGGAUGCUUUUACUUGUCAUAAAAUACGCAGUGGACAAGUAUCUGAUGAUAUACAAGACUGGGCCAUGCGGUUCUUACAGCUCGUCAACCCACUAUACCUCAGCUUACUUCACCGUAUUUUCCGGGGUCCUACUGCAGAUUUUCAUGUUCCUGUAUGCUUUUAUGUACUGCGGACUGGAAGAUGGCAGGACUAUACUAUCUGGUAUUGUACUCCUCCUAAUCCUCGUAUUCUUAGCUACCAAGCUACUGGAACGUGUCUACCACGGCCUCUUCCCCUUAUCUCCUAACGACAGGGACUUUAUCAGCCACCCUGAGGCCAACUUUGAACAACUCAAGGACACCUACUUGCCUGGGGUCAUCAACAGCGACACUCACAGACAGAAAAGACGAGCAAAGAGAGUGUACAGUGAGCACAAUAGAGCGUACUCAAUGUCCUCAAUUACAGCUCUUCUUGAUACCGGGCUCUCAGCCAACUACAAGUCCAUAGUUGGAUCUAUAUCUGGAAUGUCCAUGAGAAGCCACACCAGCAUCAGUAACAGUCCUGUAAUUACCUCACUCUCCUCGAGUAAUCCUGAGAUAUCAACCUCUCCAAGCCAUCGUGAUGACCACGUGACCAGUCUAAGCCCAGAAACCCCGGACGGAAGAAGCAGUCAGGACACUGCUACUCUUGAGAUUGAGAAUUUAUCAGACACUGAAAUUAAUAAUACAAGUGACAAUGAAUUUGGGAUUAGUUUUAUUUUGGAUGGUUCAAGUGCGGCCGGUUCUGUGGCUGUGGACAGUAUCAACUCCGGUAAAUGAUACAGACAAUCAUUGAAAAUGAAUUAGAGCAUUAAGGCAAGGUUUAACAUGACAGUAAUAGUAUUGAAAAAUUAGGAGGUCUCGAAUUUUACAUUAUAUACUUUUUUACAUUUUUAGAACAAUUAACCAUGUGGGAAACAUAAAAGUUAAAACGCAGCAAACAUAUUUUGUGUUUUUGUGCAAUUGUCAUAAUUGAUUCCAUUGAAUUGGUUAUUUGAUGAAAGAAAUAAAUUCGCUGAGCGUAAACACGACGAUGUCAAUUAUUUACUGAUCAAUUGAAUUCAUGUUUCAAUUUUUGU